AUGAGAGGCAUCCUUCUACUCGCCAUCGCUGGCGCGGCUCGCGUUGUUGGCCAAGCCACGUACAACACCGGCAAUUUCUCUUACCAAGGCUGCGCUUCUAUUGACCCAGCCUGCUUCGGAAAGCCAAUCGCGUUUCCUAAUGGCCCUCUGACUCCCGAGACGUGCCAGCUUGCCUGCCAAGGUCACCAAUUUGCUGCCCUUCUCCCAGACUGUUGUCGAUGUGGUGAUGAUGCAAAUGGUGUUCAUCCAACCGACGAGGCUAAAUGUGAUUAUCCAUGCAUGGGAGACAGCACCCUUGGCAUGUGUGGGAGCAUCUGCCCAGGGAAUUCGCCUGUAAUUGCCAACGUAUACACACGAGUCACACCGAGUCAAGGCCCGACUUAUGGGGACCCAGCAAGCAUUCAGUCCUCUGUUGCUGCGGCGGAGACUCCGUGCUCAUCCGCCGAUGCUUCAUCAGUUGGAGAGCCUCCAGAGCCUUCUCAGCGCAUCACUCCAGAAGGACCAGCACCAGAAGCACCAACGUCAUUCGGAAACCCUGAGUAUGGGAAUCCGGCGGCUACGGAUGCCCCAAUCUCUGGCUCACCAGCAACUCAAGUUUCUCAGGAAUCUCCAUGCGCCACCCAAGGCAAUACAGGAUUGAACACACCUUCACAGAGGCCUCUAACACCACCCGGCAAUGCUCCAGAGCCCAAGACGUUUUCUGAUCCUAAACAGCAAUUCCCAAAUACUACACCCUCCUCAAACCCGCCAAGUUAUUCGUCAGAUUGCCAGCCAUCUCAACCAGAUUCUUAUUCCGAUGGACAUGGCUCUGGAGAAACCCCUGGAGACAUCUCGGCAGACAAUUGCAAGCCUCCCGGUGGCCCAAGCCUGUCACCGGUAGUUUCUGAGAGCACUCUCUGGCCAUUCCCAAGCAAGAAACCCGAAGGCAGCCCUCCGGCUCCUUCGCAUGUCCCAGCUUCAGAUUCACCUUGUGGGGUCAUCCCUCCCCUUUCGAGCAUUGGGGGAUUUGUCCUGUUGGCGGCAAUGAUUAUGUAG